ACAAUAAAUACUUCCUGAUGUGAUACUGAGAAUGGAUCAAUUAUAAUGUAAUACAAAUCACAUUACUGUGUUCUUUAACACAUGAAAGAUGAUGUUCUGUCUUGGUUGAAAGGUUACACAGGACUGUUGACCAUUGUUCGACAUACAAACUCCACCUGUUGAGUUGCUAUAGAAGAUGAACACCUUUGGAAUUUUGAAGGAUGCCAAUUCUGCGCUGCUCAGUAACUAUGAGGUGUUCCAGUUACUAACUGACCUGAAAGAGCAGCGUAAAGAAAGUGGAAAGAAUAAACAUAGUUCUGGGCAGCAGAACUUGAAUACCAUCACCUAUGAAACAUUAAAAUACAUAUCAAAAACACCCUGCAGGCACCAGAGUCCUGAGAUUGUCAGAGAAUUUCUCACAGCAAUGAAAAGCCACAAAUUGACCAAAGCUGAAAAGCUUCAGCUGUUGAAUCACAGGCCUAUGACUGCUGUUGAGAUCCAGCUGAUGGUGGAAGAGAGUGAAGAGCGGCUGACCGAGGAACAGAUCGAAGCUCUUCUUAGCACGGUCACCAGCAUUCUGCCUGCAGGGCCAGAGGCUGAGCAAAAGAAAAACACCAACAACAGCGAUGAGGCAGUGGAUGAAGAGGACCCAGCAUAGGAGAGUACAGCUGUCCCAGGAAUUUCAUGAAGACCAAAAGCCCAGCAGCCAUUUCCUGGAUGUUCAGAGGACUGUUUAUUUAAUUUUAUUCUCUAUCCAAGCACAGCUUGAUUUUAUGCUUAACUGGGUAAAUCAUAAAAAUAAGCCUUUCUCAAAAACAAGCUGAAAAGAAAUAUUUGUGCCUCAAGGAAAAGAAACACAGUGAAGACAAGUUGAGGGUGUCGGGGCAGAGAGCUAAAAAGGGGAAGACAAUGACUGUGGACCCCUCUGUGAUAGAAAUAUUUCCUCUACAGUUUUUCCACGUUUGUGGUGAGAGCUCUGUACGACAGUGAGUAAAAUGCUUAUUUCCUUUGA